CUUUUUUAAGGUGUGAUGUUAUGUUUGAUUUCAAAGAAUUACGUAUAAGUUAUAAAUUACGAAAAUUAUCACAAAAUGUAAAAAAGGGACCGGUGAAUACAUAUAAUCUAAAUGGGUGUUUUAAAGUAGGCCUGAUGUUAAAAUACAAAUUAAAAACGCAAAGCGCAAUGUCUUUCACAACUGCAUUAUCAAAACGCAAGAAUACUUUGUAAACAGAAUCCAAGUUUUUGGAGUUUUCACUUCGCUUGGUUUCCGAGUCAAACGCGCACCUUAGGUACCUUUUUAUUUACUAAUUUCCUGCAACCAAUAAUUGCAAUCGACGACCUGGCAUUCAAACGGACUUUUGACGGACAUUCCACAUACGCGACUGGCAAUUAAUAGGACUCCGACAAUUACUGCAGCACUCACGACGACCUGGCUUGGAUUUGGACUCGAAAAUCUGCUACGAUUUGAUACGCCGUACCGUACGCUUUCGAAAACAGAAGUAAUGCAGAAAAAUGUCGCCCACGUGUUCGUAUUACCAAUGCAAGGCCAUGACCGGUCAGAAGUCGAUGUUCCGCUUCCCAACUGGCGACAGUGCUCGAUUGCAAACUUGGAUUGACAACUGUGGUAACAUUAUGACCAUUGCCCACUUGUCUCGAGAUGCUCUUCGACACAAAUAUAUCUGCAUUGAUCAUUUCGAAAAGCGGUUCAUUCAACAGGAAGAUGGUAAACAUAAAAGAUUGAAUAAGUUAGCCGUACCUGUCCAUUACAAAGGAGAUCAAUCGACAGAGAACUUCCCAGAUUCACCAGUUGCAUCAACAUCAGAAGGCCAAGGACCGACAGAAUUAAAAGUAUUAACACCAAAAAAGUUUACCCUGGUGUUAAAAAUCAAGAAAAAAAUGAGGAGGAAGGCGAUUUAUAUGACACAGAAAUAUUUACGACACCGAAAAACGCAAGCGACUAGCCGAUAG